AUGAACUCGAUCAGCUACCUCGACUCGGUGCUCAGCCGAUCGUUCGCUCCAGCGUCGGAUCGACCGCCAUCACGGCCUGAGUCCUCAGCCAAGCGAUCUCGCUCCCAUUCCUCCUUACCAGGCAGUCGCAGAGCCUCGAGCACAACAAGCUCCACCCCAUCCGGAUCCUCAUCGUUGCGAAGAUGGUCUCAAGAGCAAGACGAGCCCGACCGUGCCCUUUACAGCAGCAACAAGCUUCGUCGCACUGGCAGUGUGCCAGCUGUCAAAUAUCCCGCCCAUGCGCUCGAUACCAGCGACAGCGACUCGGACUCGCAGAAUUCGCGCAAGGCGAGAUGGAGCGGUCUGUGGGGCUUGACAGGUUGGAUCGAUGAAGCCAUCCAUCCUGGCUCGAGCACUCGAUCGCGCAAGAACAGCGACUCGGAGCUGUCUUACCGCCGAACGAAACGGGUCCCUAGUCUGGACGAUCUUUUGCUCUCUUCGACUGCACCUCGACGCAGUUCAUCUCGUCGCAAUGCGUCUUCUGGAAUUGGAGAACACCCACGGCGCAACAGCGGAUCGUCUGGCAGCAUCGACGAAUCGCAUUCGCACGUAAGGCGCAGAUCCAGACGCAACUCGCGCUCUGGGCAGGCUGCAUCGCUCACUCUCACCUCGGCCAGUCAGGACCAGGAGCGUCACCAGUGGCCUGCUCAGGAAGACAACACACUCCACCAGCAGGACCCCGAACUGAUGACCGAAAAGGAACGCGAAGACGUCGUCGAUUUCGAAGGCGGAGAUUUCGCCGCCGAAGACCUCGACAAGCCACGGGAGAGGUCGAUCUCACAAAGCAGUGCCGACAGCAGCUGGGGAGAGGGGUCGUCCCUUUCCCACGAAGAGGCUACCGUCGCCGACUCUGCAUCUAUGCUCGAGAAGAAGGCUCCAGAUGCAGACGCAGUCACACUGCAGGAUGAUGCCGACGAAAAGAGUGUCGACUCGGAAACGCUGCUCGAAGCUGCAAAAGGCGAGCCCGAGGCGAUCGAAGCUGUCGCUCAGGAAGAUCCGACAUCUUCGGUGGUCGAUCCGGCUGCUGCAUCGGCAACACCGAAGAAGGAGGCAGCUGCUUCAUCGGGAGCAUCCGUCGACGCUGACGAAACACCCACCAACAUUCGUAAACAGCAAUCGGGUUCCGUCACCUCUGGAAUCGCCACGCCUUCCGUCUCGAGACACGGAUCUUUGCGUCGCAAGCAAGAUCCUUCUGCCGCCAUGGGUACUCUCGCCUCAUCCUCAAGCUCAUCGCUCACCUCGACCGACUCCGAGAAGACGGUCGAGCGCAGUCUCACGCCGUCCAAACCUAGGAAGCGCCGCUCUGCUCGCUCGUCGGCGACCUCUUCUGCACGAGCAUCGGAGGCCGAAGACUCGCGUACCUGGCUAGCCCCUCGCAAUGGCAGCGCGGGUCACCCCACAGACGCUGCUAGGCACGUCGCACCCAGAAGAAAAAGCUCCAGCACUAAACGCGCAAUUCGUCGCACCCUUCUUGCGCUGCGAGACCUGCUGCUAGCAGUGCUCCUGUGUCCGGUCAAUUGCGUCCGCUACCUCCGCCGACGUCGCACAAUCCGCACCGAAGAAGCGGCCGAAGCGAUCCGCGAGCGAGCCCAAGUGCCCAUCCUCGAAAAGAAUGGCUCCUCCACCGACGAAGCGCAUCUCAAACGUCCUCCCUCGCUCCGCUUCGCUAGCAAAACCGAUCUUCACCGGGACGACAAGAACGGUACCGUCAGUCGACCCCGCACGCCCAACCCCGACAAAGACAGCAGCUUCCUCGACCACGAGCCGGUGACCGAAGACCAAGCCGCAGCGCUGGGUACGGUCUGGAAAGCCCUGUCGUCAGGUCAACGCACACCCUCGCGUCUGCUGCCCAACCCGCAUCCGAUCGAUCCGAUGUACGCGCACAACAGCGAUGCGGAGCCCAUCGACGCGGUCAUGGCGGAGAAGGAGGCGGUGAUGGAGGCGGAGCGGCAGACCAAGAUUGCCUUGUCGCGGGCAGCAAGGCGGGCGGCGAUGACGGGAGGCUUGGAGAGUGGGGGAGUGGUGGUGCCGACCAAAGUGCCGCGUGGGCCGGGGAGUUCAAUCAUCCAUCAUUCACCAAAGAUCCUCGUGUUGGAUUUGGACGAGACGCUGAUCCAUUCCACUUCGCGCUCCCCCACGCACUUUACGAGUGGUCGAACGACCACCUCCGGCUUCCUGGGUCUCGAAACCGCCGGUGCAUUCCUAGGGCUGCGGGCCAACGAUAACCCGCGUCGCAUCCGACCACACAUGGUCGAGGUGGUCCUCGACGGUCGGUCCGUCCUGUACCACGUCUACAAGCGACCUUGGACAGACUAUUUCCUGCGAAAAGUAGCGUCCUGGUAUACGGUGGUGGUGUUUACUGCGUCGGUGCAGGAGUAUGCGGAUCCGGUGAUCGACUGGUUGGACCAAGGACGCGGGCUCAUCUCCGCGCGCCUCUUUCGCGAGAGCUGCACCUUCAAGGGCGGUCAGUACGUCAAGAAUCUUCAGGUGGUAGAGAAGGAUCUGAGCAAGGUGUGUUUGGUCGAUAACAGUCCGGCGAGUUAUCGGAUGAAUCGGGAGAAUGGCAUUCCCGUGGAAGGGUGGACGCACGAUCCGAACGACGAGGCGCUGUUGGAUCUGCUGCCCGUGUUGGAUAGUUUGCGGUUUGCGACGGAUGUGAGGCACAUUUUGGGGAUUAGGGGGUGGUAA